CUCUGUCUGCUAACUAAUGAGCUACGGAAACAGUCGAUAUAAUGGCCAACUAUGUCAAAAAGGAUGCAGAAGAUGAUGAAUGCCACACGUCAAACAGAGAGCGAAACACAGGAAAUUGGCAGAAUAUAAAAGCAGUGGGCAGAGGAGCCAAUAAAACCUCCAUCUAUACAAUGGCGAAGCUUGCGCUGUUCGGCUUCAUGUUACUGGCCCUCUCGACUCCGACUCUGGCCCAAAGGAAAAUCGUGUGCUACAUCAGCAGCUGGUCCGUUUAUCGCCCAGGCAACGGUUUCUUCAAUACGAGCUUCGUGGACCCAUAUCUUUGCACGCAUCUCAUUUACGCCUUCAUCGGCGCCCAUCCGAAUGGCAGUGUCAAGAUUAUCGACAAAUCUGCUGACAUUUCACAGAACGGCUUCACGAAAAUCAACAAACUUCGCGAGAUUAACCCUAGUCUGGUGACAAUGGUUUCGUUGGGAGGCUGGAACGAAGGUUCCACCACCUUUUCCACCAUUUGCAACGACACAUCGGUGCGGACGACGUUCGUGAAUAAUCUCUAUGAAUUCGUGGUCGAGUACAAAUUCAAGGGACUCGACCUAGACUGGGAGUACCCGGCUCAGAGGGGUGGCAUUCCCGCUGACAAGGCUAAUUAUGUGUCGCUGAUCAAAGAACUGCGAGCCAAGUUCGCGCCGGCAGGGCUCCUUUUGAGUGCCGCCGUGUCUGCCUCGGCGUCCGCCACCUCCACUUCCUACGAUGUACCGGCACUCUCCGCUAACCUGGAUUUCAUCAAUCUAAUGACUUAUGUUUUCCACGCGGCAAGGGAAGGGAAAACUGGCCAAAACUCUCCUCUGUACGCGUCGUCUAUCGACACGGAUAAAAGAUAUAACACUAAUGCUACCGUGCAAAACUGGAUCAAGUCGGGUGCAGAUCCGACCAAACUCAUCCUUGGAAUUCCAUUGUACGGACAAACGUACACCUUGUCAAGCUCGUCAAGCACGGAAUUGGGUGCGACGGUUAAAGGACCCGGCACUCCAGGUCCUUGGUCCCGCCAAGCAGGUGUUUUCAUGUAUAGCGAGAUCUGCUCCUCCAUGAAGAACCAGUCGGAUUGGACCGAAGUUUGGGACGAGGAGCAGGCGGUGCCUUACGCAUAUCGCAGUGAUCAGUGGGUUGGAUACGACAAUAUGAAGUCAAUCGGAAUGAAGAGCAAGUACGCGCUGGACCAAGGCCUCGGCGGAGUGUUGGUUUGGUCCCUCGACAUGGACGACUUUCGAAACCUUUGUGGCGCUGGAAAGUUUCCACUUGUGACGGCUAUCAAAGCAAACUUAGUUGUUUGAGAAAAACGAUUCUACUCACG